AUUUUGUUAUUAAUGUUGGGUUGGGGGGUGGGGUUUUGGGGCUUGUGUUUCUAUCGGAAUACAAACAUUUCCAGGGUUUAAAGAAACGAGCUCAGUCUAUUGUCCGCGCAAGCACGAAUCAAUAGCUGAAAUGGUUUAGCUCUGUGAUUGCAAUUAGCCAAGGAAGGAGGAAGAAACAGAACGGCAUUGUUGUGAAAGCCAAAAAACAAAGCAAAAAGGGAAAGAAUGGACGACCAGUACAAAUAUGAUGGGGGAAGGUGAAGUGAGAGUGAGUAGCGGUGGUCUGGGAUAUUUCGGUGUUUGCGCCUUCGGAGGAAUGCUGAGUGCUGGAACUACUCAUCUUGUCAUCACUCCUCUCGAUGUCUUGAAGGUCAACAUGCAGGUGAACCCUGUUAAGUACAACAGUAUUGCCUCAUGCUUUACUACCCUCUUGAGAGAACAAGGCCCUUCUGUCUUUUGGAGAGGUUGGGCUGGCAAGUUCCUUGGCUAUGGUGCCCAGGGUGGUUGCAGAUUUGGUCUAUAUGAGUACUUCAAGUCUCUUUACUCCAAUAUCUUCGGGGACUGCAACAGAAGCAUCAUUUUCUUUCUUAGCAGUGCCUCUGCUGAAGUUUUUGCCAAUGUGGCUCUCUGUCCUUUUGAAGCUGUCAAAAUCCGUGUUCAAGCCCAGCCUCAUUUUGCAAAGGGCUUGCUUGAUGCCUUCCCUAAGCUAUACUCCUCAGGAGGCGUCUUUGGGUUAUUUUCCUUUCUCUUGUCUUCUCUCAAUAUCAGCUUAUACUUCUAUUACUCAAAUAUUUUUCCAUGUUGUAGCAUUGGCUUUGCUUGCAGUUUUUACCGGGGGCUACUACCACUUUGGGGUCGAAAUCUUCCAUUCUCUAUGGUUAUGUUCUCAACAUUUGAGCAUUCUGUUGAUUUCAUGUAUCGAAAUGUUAUUCAAAGAAGAAAGGAGGAUUGCUCAAAACCUCAACAACUGGGGGUGACGUGUUUAGCUGGCUAUGCUUCUGGAUCCAUUGGUUGCUUAAUUUCUAAUCCCACUGACAACAUUGUAGCUUCUCUAUAUUAUAGAAAGGCUGAUAGCCUCAAGCUGCAGGCUAUCAAGAAAAUUGGACUUCUCUAUUUAUUUACUAGAAGCCUUCGCAUUCGGAUAAUGCUUGUUGGACCUGUGGUGACUUUGCAGUGGCUAUUCUAUGACACUAUUAAAGUCUUCAGUGGUUUGCCAACGAGUGGAAAGGUUAGCACCAAAUGAAGUUGAUAGCACUGCCUAGGUUCAGGAAAUGAAAUGCUGCUAUUACGUACAAUUUACCCAUCUUACUAAAUACUUUCGUUCCACAGUCACCUAUCCAAGAAGGAAGUGAGAAACAGAACAUCUCCUUUUUAUUUGGAAUAUCCUUUACUAGUUGAAUCCUCCAGACUCGUGUAAUUGUUAGCUCUCUAAUGCCCCUUCAUCACAUUUGUUUCUGUUCCAACUCCUAUGUUGAUGAUUCAUUCAAUACUCAAUAGAUUACUUUUCUUUGGUACGUAUAUUACUGUCGUAUAUGAUUUGUUUAACUUUGUUGC